AUGCAGGCCUAUCUUCAGUACCGCCGCAUUGGCCAUGCCGUGCGCCAACAGCUCGAAGACUUCCCGGAGUUUGCCCGACCAGGCGUCGCCAAAGAUGACCUGCCGGAGGGGAUCCCCAGAGAUGCUCCCAACGCAGUUUCGCGCCGCCGUUCCAGUCCGCUGCUGCCGGGCGUGCAGCUGAAGGACGUAGUCGAGAACGAUGGCUCGUCCUCGUCCGUCCUGCUCGUCGACUGGGACGGUGACCAUGAUCCCAUCAAUCCGCGCAACUACAGCCGCGCCACCCGCAUCGGCGCAACCCUGAUGGUGUCCGCGCUGGGUUUCGCCGUGGGUGCGGCCUCGUCCAUCGAAUCUGGCGUGCUUCCCCAGAACGCAGCAGCCUUUAACAUCAGCAAUGUCGUCGCAUCGCUCGCGACGGGCAUGUAUCUGCUUGGCUUCGCAGCAGGCUCGCUCGUCUCUGGACCUCUGUCCGAAAUCCUAGGCCGCAAUGCCGUCUACACCGGCUCCCUCACGCUAUUCAUGAUCUUCGUCAUGGCCUCAGGACUGGCCCCCAAUAUCGGCGCACAGCUCGCUUUCCGCUUCCUUGCUGGCAUCUUCGGCUGUCCACCAUUAACCUGCGCCGGCGGCACCAUCGCCGACCUCUGGAACCCCCUGGAGAAAACCCUCUUCUUCCCUCUCUACGCCAUCCUCUCCUUCGGCGGGCCCGUCCUCGGCCCUGUCAUCGCCUCCUACAUGGGCGAGGGCACCCUCUCCUGGCGCUGGACCAACUGGAUUAUCCUCAUUCUGGCAGGCUUCAUCCUGGCUCUGAUCCUCCUGCUGCAGCCCGAGACCUACGGCCCCCUACUCCUGAAAUGGAAGGCGCACCAUCUCCGCCACCAAACGGGCGACAAUCGCUACCGCUCAUCAAUGGAUCUGCAGGAGACGGCGCUGUUCUCUCGCAUCGGAACCGCCUGCAUGCGACAAUUCGCCCUGACCAUCCACGAACCCAUCAUCCUGCUAAUCUCUCUCUACAUGACCGUCAUCUACAUCGUGCUCUUCACUUUCUUCGACGGAUACACGUAUAUUUUCAGCGACGUGCACGGCCUCUCCCAAGGCCUGACCAACAUCGUCUGGGUCGCCAUGUACGUCGGCAUUUCAAUGGCCGGACUCUUCGUCCCCGUCGUGUACGUCUGGACAAAGCGCGAAUUCUCCGACGCGGCUGCAUCCGCUGCUGCAUCUGCAGCGGCUUCCCCCCGAUCGGCCAGUUCGGAAAUAGUCACUGCCGAUCCCAACGCCAAUGGCGCCGAUAACUCUGAGAAACCGAACCUCGACGACGAUGAUACCCAAAAACCCACCCAGCAACACAAGCACGUCGCUCGUCCCGAGAACCGUCUUUGGUUCGCCAUGCUCGGUGCCCCCGCCAUUCCCAUCGGAUUAUUCUGGAUGGGAUGGACUGACUACAGCUCAAUCUCAAUAUGGUCCCCCAUCAUCGCAUCCACCGUCUUCGGCUUCGGCACCAUCUGCGUCUUCAUUUCCUCGUACAUGUACGUCAUCGACGCAUACGACAUCUACGCCGCCUCUGCGCUGGGCUUCAUGACAGUAUCGCGCUACUGCGCGGCAGGCGGGAUGACGGUCGUGGGGAUCCCCUUUUAUAGUAAUAUGGGGGUGCAUUGGACGUUGACGAUCUUGGGGGCGAUUAGUGCGUUGAUGACACCCGUGCCGUAUGUGUUUUAUCGCUAUGGUGUGGUGAUUCGGGGUUGGAGUCGGUAUGCGGUUUAG